CAUCGCGGCGCAGAGCCGCGGACUCGAUCGAAACGAACAAAUUGAAGGGACGCGGAUUUACAUUUGCCACGUCGCCCAAUUAUCCUUUAACGUCCAUAAACACGGCACCUCGUGUGUUCUCGGCUAUCACUUCGACAACUCGAUGCAUUCCAGUAACUUUCGGCGCUUCAUCCUGGCGGCGACACAAACGAGAACGUGAUGCGUCGAAACGGCUGAUUUGCAUACGGAGGGCGCAGUGUGGUGAGUGGGUGAUCGCAGAGGCCCAUGUGGCAGGAGAGAGAGAAGAGAGGGGGGAGGUAGCGUUCGACGUGAGUCUCGGGCCCUGCCCUUCUGUGGAGGUUCCUCAAAAUCCCCGUCCCCUCGAUGUUCGUGUCCGCGCCGUCGUAGAUACCCAGUGACUGCUUCCCAAUAAGAAUUGGACGUACAACAACUCAACCGAGAAGCACCACCAGUAUUUCCGUCCUGGGCUGCACUUCCGCCGCACAGAGUGUCACUGGGAGCUGCAAGGUUUUUGCUGGAGGUUUGCCGAGGAGAAGAUGUGGGUGUGGUGGAGAGCAUGGAGCGUGGGAGUCGUCGCGCUGGCCGUGCUGGCGCUGCAAGCCACAGCGGCCGAGCGGCCCGACAGCCUGCUGCUGGGAGCUGGGGCCAAGGGCAAAGCAGAUGGCAAGAAAGACGCGGCCGGGACUGACGACGGAGACAUCCCAGAGCCGCCCAGGAACCUUCUGUGCUACUGCAGCCAGCACUGCCCUCCGGAAAGUGUCAACAACACCUGCAGGGCGAGCGGCUACUGCUUCACGAUCGUGGAGGAGGACGACGCCGGGGAGGUGAUCACAACGGCCGGGUGCAUCCAGCGCGAGGGCUCAGAGUUUCAGUGCCGGGACUCCCCCAAGUCCCGGUUCCGCAGGACCAUCGAGUGCUGCGUGGAGGGCAACUACUGCAACAAGGAUCUACGGCCAACGCUGCCUCCACCUGGGGCCUCCAUCGGUUUCCUGGACUCGAGCGUGCACCGCCUGGCCCUCUUCAUCUCCGCUGCCAUCUGCUUCAUCGUCCUUGUCAUUGUCAUCGUCUUCAUGUACUUGCGAUACAGGCGCCAGGAAGCGAGGCGCAGAGGACAGAAGUGGCCGGAGCGCGAUGAGCUCAUCAUACCCCGCGGCAACACCCUGGAGGAUCUCCUGGAGGAGUGCCAGAGUUCUGGCAGCGGCUCUGGGCUCCCCCUACUGGUGCAGCGGACGAUCGCGAAGCAGAUAGCGCUGGUGCGGGAGAUUGGGCGUGGGCGCUUUGGCGAGGUGUGGCAGGGCCGCUGGCGUGACGAGACUGUGGCCGUGAAGGUUUUCUUCACCACCGAGGAGGCCAUCUGGUUCCGCGAGACGGAGAUCUACCAGACGGUGCUCAUGCGGCACGAAAACAUCCUGGGCUUCAUCGCAGCCGACAUCAAGGGCACCGGUUCGUGGACGCAGCUGCUGCUGGUGACGGAGUACCAUGAGAGCGGAUCGCUGCGCGAGUAUCUGCGCUCCUCCACCGUGGACGGCCGCGGUGCCCUUCGACUCGCCUACUCGGCCGCCUCGGGGCUGUGCCACCUGCACACCGAGAUCCACGGCACGCGCGGGAAGCCAGGCAUCGCGCACCGGGACCUGAGCUCACGCAGCCUGCUGGUGAAACGCGGAGGCACCUGCGUCAUCGCCGGACUUGGCCUCGCGGCCAAGUACAACAGUGAAACGAACGACGUGGACCUGCCGCCGACACCGCGGUUGGGCCUGCCCCGGUACUGCGCCCCCGAGGUGCUGGACGAGCGACUGCACAAGCCCAACUUCCAGGCCUACCUCAUGGCCGACAUGUACAGCAUGGGGCUCGUCCUGUGGGAGGUGGCGCGCCGCUGCGUGUGCUCUGGCACGGUGGAGGAGUAUCAGCCUCCCUUCCACGACAUCACCUCGGCAGAGCCUUCAUACCAGGAGAUGCGGGAUGCCGUGUGCGUGAAAAGGUUGCGCCCCCUGCUGCCCAACCGCUGGAACUCUGAUGAGGUCUUGCGGACGCUGGCGAAGGUGAUGGCCGAGUGCUGGGCCCACAAUCCGUCGUCGCGGCUCACCGCCCUACGCGUCAAGAAGACCCUCGCAAAGAUGGCGGAGGCGCAGGAUGUCAAGAUCUGACGGGCCGCCUCCUCUGCGCAUGCCGAGGAAACAAAAACAAUAUUAACCUGAUUAACUUUUAAAAGCUAUAACAAAGCUACAAGAUUUUUUUCCCUUGGUUUUAAUAUUUAAAUAUCUAAUAGUUGGCAUUUUCUGCACGAUCUCAAGUGGAGGGCAAAAGACAUUUUACGUUGAAGCAUUUUUUCCCAUCAGCAAAAUGUUGCCGUUGAAGCCCCGCUGCCCAUUGUGCGUGGUCCAGUCGGUACAUAUCUGCGAGUUGAUCAUGUGACGCAGCACUGACACACAGUGCGGUGAAAUAACAUUUGCUUUUGCUCGGCUCUGCAUUUGUCCACUGCUGGAUGUUCAAGGAAAACUGUGCUUUUUUUUAUGAAGUUCUGCCUCUGCAAGUUCCUUUGCGAUAAAAACCAAAAACCCAACAGUUGAGAGAUAGCACGAAGACGGUGAAGAUGGAUGAAUCCCAAAGUGGUGCCUGCCUUUCAGUUGGUUUCAGUGUCAUCUUUGGUGGCAUGACUUCCGCCGCCGAUUCAAGUCAUAGCCGUGCUGGAGAGGUUACUACGUGCAACUCGGUUGUGCUGGUGUGUUCGCAGUUUCGUUCCGGUGGAUUAUUGUUUCGGGCACUAGUGGAAACACCUUGGGCUACAGGCCUGUAUGGUGACUGAAUGAUUUAUUCCCGUUUUCUUUUUUGUAGCCUUUAGAUUGUUCUACAAUGCCUCGCUGUUUAUUAACUUCCUCCGUAAUCACUGCAAAAGCCUGCAAACUUCCGAAAGAAGAAACAUGAAUCAUUGGAAAGUCAUUCAAAAGUUGUACUCCGUGACACCGAGUGAACCCCGAACUCAUUCUGGGUUUUGUUUAAUUCUUCCACAGCACUGUAAACGGUCAACUGUUUUUAUCGUCAUUGCAUCGAACGAAAACUCCCUUCUGAAAACUGGAAAUGGACCUUAUACUUGAAUUACAUUUUCCUGGUCAUGCGUUUUAAGGCCAUUACAGACGUCAACAUAGAGCUCGGGUUUUGUUUCAACACCUUCAAGCCGAGUAGCCGCGUUUCGUAUUUCCUGCCAGGAGUUUGGCGAUGACAGCUUCGUGUUUGGUCUGUCAUGUGGAAAACGUCAUUUGACAUAACUUGUGAGGUGGCAUUCGGUGAAAAAAAAUUGCUGCAGUGUUUUUGUUUUUUAUUGAAUUUUUUUUUCCAUUAGUGAAAAAAACACGUUUGCUUUCAACAUGGAACACUUGCCCUGGAAUUGUUGUUAGUCGAUGUGAGAGCUCAAAUGGUGCUUGGCAGUGGGAUUGUUCCAGCAGCUGUUGUCGGUUUACUGGCCUUUAGUGAGGCUGAUUGACCUCUCCAAAAUAGUUUUUUUUGGGUUAGAUCGCAUCAAUAUAAAUGUGUUGUUAAACCCACCACCACCCAAACACAGUCGUUACUAGUUCAGCACACAGUAACGAAUUGGCACGUUUUGCUUACAUGACAAACCUUACUAAUUGGCUGUGCCGGGUGGUGGCGGGUUUAAAGACACAUUUAUGCGAUCUCACCCAAAAACCUCUAUUAUAGAUACUAAUUUUGGUCGCGAAAGCCUGUGUUAAACCGAGUGACCUCUGUGUGUGCACCAGGUAGCAGCCCGCUUCGGUGGCAAUGUAAACUAAGCGGGUGCACUCCCUCUCCUUUUCAACCUUCAGCACGAAAUAGCAAUUUGUGUUCGAGGCCACAGACAUUUAAAUGAUUCUGUGAACUGUUGAACUUUGCAUUUGAGUUAAUUUCGUUUGUUUCAAACAUGAUCCCGUUUUGUCGGUUGCUCAGCUAUUUUACCAGCUCGAUCCGUGGUGCGUGAGCAGAGCAACAACAAAACAACAAGUGCAUCGAUAUUGCAGAGAACGAGUUACAGGGUUCCUUCAGGAAUAUUGCACAACUAACACAGGGGGUAUUUAACGGUCGUAAACAAAACACAUGAAAAUAUUUUAAAAAUCGGAGCAAGAGGGCGCCAGAAAAAAGUAGGUGCAAGUAGCAAAGUUUGAGCAAAAUGGCAUUUUAAUAGGAAUAAUUAGGCACUUGUGAGGCGACAGGAGGGAGUUUGAGGAACCGAGUGGUUACUUAUGUAAUUGGUGGGUUUGUUCUAAGAGGACCUUUAUGAUGAAAACAGCCCAUUGAUGGUCUCUCCGGGUAUCCAGGGGGAAGAGAUUUGCGUGAAUGUACAGGUUGCAGUGAUGAGUUGUAUAGGGCGCGUCGAGAGCAAAACGGAGAUCGGAGUGACAUGUAUGGAUGUUGAACUUCUUCGGCAUCGUACGUAGCCAAGCGUGCUAAUCGGAUGUGUGGAUGUAAUGGAGUGAGACGUUUUAAUGUAGAUUCAGAAGCUCUGCAGUAAUAGUGUGUGCAACACAGUACCAACGCACCAGCGCUUAGCACCGUUCUUGCCAAACGAUUCACCUUGGACUGGAUUGUGAAACAAAUGUGUGUCGUGGUCUCUUGUUAUUUCAGAUUGUUAUUGUGCUAACUACCCUGUUUGUGUGUGUAUGUACGUGUUUCCGCUUUUCUGUUCAACCUGCUUUUGUGAACUUACGUUCGAGUGUAAAAUGUUGAUGAAAUUGUAUUGAAUUGGCACUUGCUUUGAAUAAUACAUUGUCCUUUGAGCUCCUUUACUCGACCCUUACAAAUGUUAACAUGCGCACACAGCGAAUAACGCGAAUACGACUGCGAUGUCGAACUCCGCUUACAUCCAACCCUUCCUGGAGUUAGUGCAGUGUGUGCGUGCGUAUAUGUGCCCACAUUGUAACUAUACUAUUCAAUUCCGUCAAGUUAAGAAAUUAUUCAGUAUCUGAUCACAACGGUCAAGCAGAUUCAACGUGGUGUCGUGAGCUUCAGUUUUUCAGGAAAUCCCUCAACAUUGCCUGGCAACUCGUGCUCAGUGCUCUGAAAGGAAAACCUAUCCUGCAGCAAGCACCGUGGUGACAUCACCACCCCCCUGCUUUCGAUUUCUCUUGCUGGUUUUGUUUUUGCGUCUUUAAUUGCUCGAAGCACCCACCACGUGACCACGGUUUAAAUUAGGUCCCCGCGGUGGAAAAUUGCAAACGAAUUCCCAAGUUUACUUUCACAUGCAACACGCAAUGGUACUCUACGCUAUUAAAGCUAAUACGAUUGUAAGACGGGAAUGAGAGCGAAACGGGAAUGAGAGCGAAACGGAAAUGCUUACCUUGGCCCCCUGCUCCUGUAGCCCCAUGCAUGCGCGGGGGGACAAACGCAGAGUCGGUUACCGGCUCCGGGAGCGCCGCGGGGGCCUUCACUCCCCCGCGUUCGUCUGCCAGGCAUGAAUGAGAGCGCACCACGUGGUGUUGUAUCAUGUACAUAGGACUUGUAUUAUUUUAUAUAGAGUUUGUAUAUUUUUUCACUAUUGGUUUAUAGUUCGUAUAACAGUUUGCGUAGCUGCAUUUCCAAAGACCGAGGUGGGAGGGGAGGGAGGGAGGAAUUUAAUAGUUGAAAAAAAGCACGUUGGCCAUUUGUAAAGCAAACCUUUCAGUGACAUCUGAUUUGAUGUACUAUUAAGCGGUGCACACGUAGGCAUGUUUUCGCCGAGUGUUUUAUACCAAUCGUGUCUUGGGAUAUUCUCAAACUUGAAUCCUAAGUCUCAUCCUGGUCACGUUUCUUGGUUAUCAAUAUUUAUCAAAUCGGACGUGAACAUGCCCAAAUGCAUUAAUGCCACCACACCUCGUAUCACUUCUGCCAGAUCCUUUAGCUCUUUCAAAUCCAACAUUUGACCGCAGAUAUCUGUUCUUCCAGUAUCCUGCUGAAGGAGUUUUCCCUUGGUGUGUACCACAAUGUUUGCUGGGUAGAGAUUUUGCUGGGUACGUUUAGUACUAUGCAUAUUGCCUUAUAUGCAAAUUAGGCAACUGCACUCUGCACGCUCCUGAUGAUGAGGAAAAUGAUUUGGAUAUGUGGGUCAUGGGGAGGCACGAAGAGGGACUUUGAGAGUCACAAAAGUACAUUUGCUGAAAAAGGAGUGACUAAUAUGAUAUAAUUGUCCAGUGUGUGUGUGUAUACAGCAGAAGAGAAAGUAAUUUCAGAACGGCUGACUGAUUUUAUAUCUGAAUACAGACCUUGUUAUUAUAUUCAGCAUUGUAUUGUGUUCUUUAAAAUAAAGCAUGAAGCAUUGGCGUUGCUAGCUCAUGCUGAGAAAAGUGCAUACCGUUUAUUGAAAAAAUAUAUACUAUCUUACAAAAGCAUAACGUUGUCCAUGAUGAGCAUUAAUCCGGCAGCUCUGGUGCAGCCACUGGGUGUCAGAGUACAAAUCCGUUAUUGCCUAUAAAAGUCGUAAAGUUCCGACUGUAUAUUUGCAGGCACAGUGCUCUCCUUUGUCACGGUUGUAUUGUGAGGGGUGGUCUUAUUGGGAUAUACUGCACCAGCACUGUGUGACGUGCGCUUGUUUUGAGUGACCAGCCACGUGGAUAACCAAACAUCUGAUGAGAUUUGAGGCGGGGCCUGCAGGCUGAUGCUCUUUUUGGCUAAAAUGUUCUGGUGUCUCCAUAAAUGACACACAUCACCGAGGGAGGGCAUUGUGUUGUGCUCAUUUUGUCAAGAUGUGGCAUCUAGCCCCGAGUCUAUGAAUGUAUCUGUCCAUUAACAUUGGGCACCCAACAAAUCACUCUGCUUCUACAAACUUGCAUUGAUGGCUGAUCAUUUUAAAUGCCUUGAGCAGCAGGGCAUCGGGUCUGAACCACGUGCCAAUGCAGUGCCUGUACGUGGGUCCUGAACAAAGCCCAGUGUCAAAAGCUUCUGAAUCUCAAAAUCGAAUUUGCUUACAUUUCAGACGUUUCAACUAUCCCUGGAAAUGAUUGUUGCAUGCGAGCUGACGCUAAUGAGAUCAACAAAAAAGAAAUACAGCUGAAUAAGUUGAUUUGCUGUGGUUAUUAUGGGUGUGUUCAUCUGGAGGUGUGGUGAUCUCUGGAUAAGUGAUGUCAACGUACUAUUGCUUGAAUAUUAACCCAACACGUCAAAACGUCAUCUCUCGCUCCACCAGUCAGCCCUUACUGUUAUCCAUUAUCGGUCGUGUCUGACGUUACAUUAAUUUACCUGAUGCAGUUUUGCUUUGAUGAAUAGUGGGUGAUCAUGUGACGAUGACUGUACUGCAGUGGAGCGGAGUGAACCCCCAUCUGUUAUCCCCCUUUCAACUACAGCUCCACACUUUCCACUUGGCUGCCUUCGGAUCUUUAAUUCAAUGCCUUUUUAUGCUGCCUCAAGUAUCAAGUAAAUGUUUUAACAUGCACCAUUAACGGACGUAUAUAUAAACGAUAUAUCCCCCCCCCCUCUUAUAAAUAUGUGAACACAUAAAAGCAACACGUUACGUUGGGCCCAUACUGUAAUUACUCUGCUGUAUGAAUAGUAUUGGAAUAUGUUAUACGCCGUGUAAAAUGCGAUGUACAGUUCCGUGCUCACGUUGCUCAUGAAUCUCCGUGUGUGUGAAGCCCGUACUGCUGGUGCCCGCUUGCCUUGGCAUCAUUUACACCCCACGUGUGAGUCGCCUGCAGACUGUUAUUUGACAUUACCCUUAAUUUUUGUUUAGUUUUUUUUAAAAGGAUACUGUAAUAAUAAUAAAUGUUUGCUCAUUUUC